GCUUUAAUUUUAAUUAUAACCUAAACGCAGCAAAGUUAAAGGGAGAGUGAUAUUCCCUUUUGUAUUUGUGUUGUUCACUGAACAGGACGACGACGGAGAAGUAGAAUUGGAAAUCAGAAACCACCGUUGUGAGUGUGAGAUGGCGAAAUUGAAGGUAGGAGGAACGUGGGGAGGGGUGUUGGAAGACGUGGACCUGCACGCGUGGACCAUCGCCACGCUCCGUCAAGAAGUCGCUACCCGAUCCAACUCUCCCCCUGACUCCAUCAAUCUCAUAUGCGCCGGCAAGAUUCUCAAAGACGACGCCGUUUCAUCCCCACAAUCCUUGGCCCAACACGGCAUCAAAAACAACUCCAAAAUCCUCGCCACGCGCCUCUCCCCUCAACAAGAAGGAGUCUCCCUCCUCGCCGAAGAACAACGCUCUCAGAGACUCGCACGCAUCAGGGCAGCUGCCACUGCUAUGGCGGAACGCCACGCCGAAGGUUCGUUGCCUUUGGAAGACUUCAAUAUUGAAGUGGAAGAUCAGAGUGGACAGAAAGUGCGUUUAGGGUCUGAGACUGAUCAGAGGGCAGUGAUGAUGGGACUUAUGCUUCAUGCCAAGGGGAAGCGUCUUGUAAGACAAGGGAAUUACAAAGAUGCACUCGAAGUCCUUAGCAUGGGAGAGGAGGCGUUCUCUCUUUGUGAUCCGAAAGUCAUUGAGCUUAUUGAUAAUGUUCCGAUACUGCAAAUAGACAUGGUGUGGUGCUACUUUAUGAUACGGGACAUCAGAUGGCUCUCGGAUGCAGGGAAGCGUCUUGAAAUGGCUAGGGUGGGAAUUGAACGUGCCCAUGGAAAGGAUUCUCUCCGCCUCAGACUCUUACAAGGAGGUCGCUAUCCAGAACUUGCACUGCAUUUGAGACUAGAGUUGCUUGAAGGGGUGGUGGCAUAUCAUAGUGGCCAGUUGGAGCGAUCAAGAGAAGCAUUAGCUUCUGCAAAAGCAAAGUUUGUCCAGCUGCAAGUUCCAGAUGAAGCCUUAUCUCUCGUUAUGAGCAUGGGCUUCAUUGAACGUGAUGCAAAGAGAGCAUUACGAAUGAACAAUCAAGAUGUUGCAGGUGCCAUUGAUUUCCUUGUUGAGGAGAGGGCAAAGAAAAUGCAAAAACGUGAGGAAGAUAUUAAGAGAAGAAAUGAGAUUAGGGAGCAAAAGAUGUAUGGGAUGACACCCUUAAAGAAAGCUGUGGAUCUUGAGAGAUUGAAGGAAUUGGUCUCUAUUGGGUUUGAUAAGGAGCUUGCUGCUGAAGCCCUUAGAAAAAAUGAAAACGAUUCUCAGAAGGCAUUGGAUGAUUUGACAAAUCCAGAAACUAAUUCUUCUUUACAGGUUAAUAUCGAGACAAGGAAAAGGAAGAGAGAGAAACAAGCAAAAGAUUCUGCUAUUGAAAAAGUUGUGCAAAUGGGUUUUGAAAGAUCAAUAGUGGUUGCUGCUUUUGAGGCUGGUGGUACCUUAGAACAAGUAUUGCAAAGACUGACAGCACAACCUGAUACUGAUCCCACAUCUGCUGAUGUAAAUACGCAACCUCAAGCAACUGCUGCUCCCCAUGGCAGUGCAAGUUCAUCUGCUCCUGUAUCAGACAAUGUUAAUUCUGAUAUGCUAGAUAUGAUGAAUGAGGUUGAAGAUCCAUCUGAUUACAGUAAAACAGAAGAACGAGAUAUAGAGAUGGAAGAUGAGCUCUCUGCAGAUAUAGCAAAAGCAGAUGCCUUAGCGGAUUACGACAUUGACAUUAAUGUAGAAGGGGAAGCCAUAACUGAGUACAUCGCUUUAGUUGAGUCAGCAGAUAGUUGUGGGAAGGCUGUUCCGUCCCAGUAAGAAGAAAAUUAUUUUAAAGAAUAAUGGUCAGUUUAUGUAAAUAGCAGGAUGACAUAGAUAAUGAAUGUAUUUCUGCCCUUAACUUUCAGGGCGCUUGUGUAUAUAGCGCAAUGUGUAAAUGUGUACUAUGAAUAUGUGCUCACUCCUUGGAGUUCUAAUGAUAUUAAUUCCAUUUAGUAUUAGAUACUUAAAUUGCUUUUGAAAUUUCCAAAAGUAAUUCUCAAAAAGGUAUGCCAGGCCAAAGUGCUCAACAGAUUUGUCACCUAUUGUUUCUAACGUACAACCUAAUUAAGUUCAAUACUUUAUUUCGUGAUUAUAUCGUGCAUAAACUAGAGUUGUCCUCAACCAUAGGACACUCCAACUAAGAUGUCAUUGUCUAUCUAACAAUUCAUCCUAAAGGAUGCCCUCGAAUUUAAAAAAACUUGACCAUAUGCGCAGCAAUUUACACUGUUUUCUCCUAUGUAAAAAAUAGGUAUUCUUGUCUCAAUCAACGGUUUAAACAAGUUAUUUCGUAAAGUAAGCUUUUAUUUUGUCUAAAUGUUUGGAUAUAUUCUGAUAGGUCAUUGCACACAUUACGAAGGGAAAAACAUGAAAGGAAUUUUUUUUUACAUAAAUUCAAACAUUUAUUUAGUUCUAUUCUAAAGAGAAAACCAAACACACGUUAAGACCUCUAGGAAGUAAGAAUUUCUUCUUUCACACGUCCAAACAGGGGGUAUUAGCUUCCCAUGUAAAACAGCCAUGUCAAAAAUCACGAGUGACUCAUUUAUCGUGAAAGGUAUACUCAGUGAUAUGAUUCAGAGAAAUCCCAUUACUUCCUCUUGAAUCGUCCAUAUUUGCAUGCCCUACUAAAACGUAGAAUGACCUUGUUCUUAUUGAUUUCGUCUUCCCGAUUCAUUGCAUUUCAUUUCCCCCCUAAUUAACAACUUCACCUUGAUUGUGUCGGAUGCAUUCAAAGCCGGUUCCCCUAAAUAAACGUUAUACAUUCCUCAAUUUCCUCACAUAAUACGUACUCUUCAAAAUUGGAUUUUUCAAGAAUAAUAUUUGCAUAUAAAUAUGCAACCAAAAUGUAUGAAGAAUAUGUUAGCAAAGAAUAAUAAUAAUAGAAGUCCUGUUUCCAAAUAAUAAUAACGCGAAGAAUAAAACAAAAAUCUUGCACAAGCUCCAAGAGCCUCG